AUGACCUCCGCCAGGCCCAAGAGACCCAGGGAAGUGCGAGACAUGUGGAGGGCGUUCAGCCAGGAGGCCGCUGCGGGAGACGGCGUGGCCACCGCGCAUCACAUCGCCACCGACCACGUGGUGUUCGGUCGCACGCGUGGAAAUCAGGAGGGCAAAGGUGUGGAGGUGUCCAUGUCAAGCUAUUCUGCAGAGCUUUCCCAUGCUGCAAGGACUGGUGCACGCAUCCCAGGUGGUCCAGAGAGGCUCACCGAACUGUUUUUCAGCGCUCAGCCCCCAACAACUCCAGACGUCGUGGAGCGUCCUGGCUCGCUGCUGCACGCGGAGGUGCUGCGGAGGGAGCUGGAGGUGGCGAGGCACCGCAUCGCCGUGCUGGAGAGAAGCAACAAGCACCUGCAGGCAGACAAGGAGUUCCUACAGAGCGUGCUCAGCAAAGGAGGGGAGAGAUCAAGCUGCAACAAGGCCCCGCUGACAAAUCGGCGCCGUCCCACAGCGGACGCCGAAGCGUCGCCGCCACCGUCGCCUGGCGACUCACACAGCAGUUCCUCCUCAGACACGGCCGACGGAACGGACCCAGAGGCAGGCCGACACGCGUUCCCUCCAGGGAACUACCACCGAGGCUGCAGGAAGGCGAGCAAGGGGGGCUGUGGGAAGGAAGGCUUACGCAAGGGCAUCCGAGUAAAGUCGGUGGAGGACGUCGUCUGGCGCUACAAGAAGGUGCUGUCGGUGUACCAGAAGACGAGGAGCGUGAAGCGUGCUUGCGAGAAGAUGAACGUUGACAGGAACACCAUUGCCCUCACGGCCCCCAUCGUGGACCUGGAGGUCGUGUCGCCCGGCCUGUACGCCGCCGUGGGGCCGUACGACGGGCGGACGGAACGCCUGCUCGACUUCUCCCGCCGGUGCUGGCACGCCAUGGACGAGGAGACGCGCGUGAACGUCGACAAGAUGAAGGCCGAGGGGAAGCUGCUGCCCAUCAGCUACAAGUUCAAGCGAAUGGCUCCACAACUGGCUCCACAGGCUCCACAGUGAUCGGGGUCCAUCUCCCGGGCCUUCUGGGCCAAACUACUUUUUGGAAAUGUACGAGAUUUCGUUCAUGAAAUUUUUAACUAAAAAUCUACUCUCAUGCCCUCCAGUGUGGUCUAGUUUGCAGGGAAGGACAUUUAUUUCUUAGGUGGGGUCAACUGUU